AUGCUUAACUUUAAUUCCACUACAUUCACCAAUCCCAAUACUUUCAUCCUGAUGGGCAUUCCUGGUCUAGAAGAUUUUCACAUUUGGAUAUCCAUCCCUUUCUGCUCCAUGUAUGUUGUUGCCCUCAUUGGAAACACGGUCAUCCUUUUCAUCAUCAAAAUAGAGACUAUUCUCCAUGAACCCAUGUUCUACUUUCUUUCCAUGUUGGCUACCACAGAUCUCAUCUUGUCAACCUCUACCCUUCCCAAGAUGCUGGGUAUCUUCUGGUUCAAUUAUCAUGAGAUCAACUUCCAUGCCUGCCUUACUCAGAUGUUUUUCAUCCAUGCUUUCUCUGGGGUGGAAUCAGGUCUUCUCUCAGCAAUGGCACUGGACCGAUAUGUGGCAAUUUGCAAUCCUUUGAGGCAUUCAUCUAUCCUCACUAAAGCUGUGGUAGCCCAGAUUGGUAUAGUAGUACUUCUACGGGGGUUAGUGCUAAUGACACCACAUCCAUUUCUAGUAAGGAGGUGGCCGUAUUGCCAGACCAAUGUGAUUCCACACACAUAUUGUGAGCAUAUGGCUGUGGUGAAAUUAGCUUGUGCUGACAUUUCCAUCAACAGUCUUUAUAGUCUGGCAGUUAUUAUCUUGAUUGUUGGGACUGAUGUUACUUGCAUCAGUCUGUCCUAUGUACAGAUACUCCACACUGUAUUCAGUCUCCCUUCUAAACAAGCCAGGUUAAAGACCCUCAGCACUUGUGGAUCCCAUGUUUGUGUCAUCCUCACCUUCUACAUUCCUGCUCUUUUCUCAUUCCUCACCCACCGGUUUAGUAGCCAUAUCGCCCUCCACACUCACAUUUUGCUGGCCAACAUGUACUUGUUAGUACCUCCUAUGCUGAAUCCUAUCAUCUACGGAGUAAGGACCAAACAGAUUCGAGAAUGUGUUAUGCAAUUAUUCACAACUAAAAUUCUAGUGUGGUGCUCAGCUCUUCUAAACUUGCACAUGACAGUCUAA